AGACCGACAUCUCUUUGCAUUGUCACUAGGGCUCAAGGCACAGUGCGCAAGGGAUUUAUUUAUACGGUUCAUUUGCCACGAACAGGACUCCAAGCCUCCUCCCUUACCCAAAUCAUUGCAGACAAAAUCGCAGAAAGAUAGCUGCCCCAUCUCGCCAGGUGUAACCAGGAGGUUUUCCUCAUCUGUCCUCUGAUUCCUACCAUUGUGUUCAGAAGUGGUUAAGUCCAUCAGCAACUCAUCAGUGUCUAGUUGUCAUGGCAGACAGUCGGCAGCCCGAGGACAACAGCUCCUCUCACUGGGCCCCUCCCACUAACGGAGCCCAGGACCAGUCAGCUGCCCUCGCUGGCCACGGAGAGAACGGCUUCUCCUCUUACAGAGAGAACGGCUAUCACGGAGGACACGCUGCCACAGCAGAGCAAGUGUCAGCCCGUAUAGUUGAGAAGGUGACAGCAGAAGCGGUGGCAGUGCUCAAGCAGCAGCAGGACAAGCAGGACUCUACUAGGAGACUGUCCUCAGUGGAGGACUCUGCCAACCUGCCACCCUCCCCUCCCCCCUCUCCGUCGGCAGAGCAGAUCGGACCCAUGGAGCAAAACCUGCCGGUGAACCCAGAGAAGCCUCGUUCCGACAAUCCUGCCAUGGCAGAGGAGCAUCCACAGGGGGCACCCCCUCCGCAGAGCCCGGUGGCCCCCACCACAGAGAGGGAAACACCUGAGGGAGCAGAGAGCACUGUGUCCAUCGCUGAGUUCUCCACUGGUUCCCCCAAAAACAAAUCUCUAACAGAUCCUACGCCCACAGAACCCGAGAAACCGGUUCAGCCUUUAGUGGAACCAGAAAAGGGGCAAGGGACUGGAAGUACCACUGGUGUGGUUCCUAAGAUAGAAUACCUUCCGGAGCCCAAGACCACCGCUGAGAAACAGCCCUCGGUUGAAGAGCUCGACUCAGUUCCUCUUUCAGUUGUAUAUGAGCCCCUGAAAGAUUACAUUGAGGAAGAGGAGGAAAAUGAUGCUUAUGUUACACCCAGUAAGUCAGCAAACCUUGAGAGCGUUCGUGAGGAGAAACAGAUCAAAUCAGAGACAACGGAGAAAAGAAUGUUGAGUCUCGGACAAUCGACCGCCAGGCCAUUGUCAUUUGAGACUGAGAAGAUUGAAGAGACUCCUCAAAGUAAUGUCAGCGAUGGAGAAAACCCAAAGCAGGAAGCACACAUAUCUGCUGCAGAUAGUCUAAAAGACAAGCAGAGUUCGGAGGAUAAGACUGGAGUUGCUUCAAAAGAUGAGUCAGGUAUGACGGCAUACUUUGAGACCUCUACACAAAGGGAUACUGAAGAAUCAGGAGAACGUGGUGAGGGUUACUAUGAGCUCAGUGCUGUCAGCCAGAAGAAGCCCUCAGAUGAGGUUCUGGAGGCCGAUUCAAACAUUAAAAUAAGUGAUUCAGCACCAGAACAGACAAUAUCCAGCAUAACGUUGAUGAGUGACAGUGCCAUGGACAAGCUAGAGGAUCUCCCUAAGAGGAAGGAUGUGUGUACUAGACUGUCACCUGGCAAAUUGUCAUUGGAACACAGAAGUCUUUCUCUUAAUUUUGCUAUUGGCUCAAUGGGUCAAGCAGGAGAGCAAAACCAAUCGAAGCUCUCAUCUCUUACAGAGGUCUCUUCCGGAAGCCUGGAUGAAACCACAGGCUACCUUCCUGUAACCACCCCAUUAGUAACAUUAGAGAGACAGUUGCUUCCUGUGACUCCAGAGAUAGCUCUCCCAGUCCCUACCACUGAAACCUCCACUGAUCUACCUGAAGACACCACCUCUAAGACAAUGUGUUCUCCUGAGUUGUCACUCUCACCCAUGAAGCAACACUACACCCAUUUGAAUGACCCAUCCAACGACCUUCCUGAGAUGCUGGACCUAGCCGGUGUUAAGCCCAAACCCACCCUGGAGAAGAGGGAGCUGGACCAGCAUAAUAGAAGGAGGUCUGUCCCUGCCUGUCCAUCUGCUGCUCUGGUGGGCAGUUCUCUGGCCAAGCUGGUGCUGGGGAACCAGCAGACGCCCAGGGUGGUGGGUGGAGAGGAGAGCCAGCAGGAGGAGCGUGGUUACUGCGUGUUUAGUGAGUACUCUGGUCCCAUGCCCUCGCCUGCCGAUCUGCACAGCCCAGUGGGCUCCCCACACCAACGGUUCCCCACAGUGACUGAAGGGGACAGUGACGAGGAACUGGGAGCCAUUGCGGAAGAGGGCGAGCAAAAGCUGGCACCACAUAAAAUAAACCAGGCAGAGGAAUCGGUUGGAGGAACGGUUAAGUCAACUUUGGUGCUUGAAAGAGCUGUCACGGCAGGUGUCAAACCGGAUCGUCUGAGGAUCCCUGUGGCUCCAUCCAAAGACAAACUGACAGAGUUCCGGCUGGAGAGCGGUCUUCCCGGGGACAUCAAAACCCAAGCCAUUCCUGAGGUAGAGUUGGAGCAGGACCUCUCCAGAGAAGCGUCCCCCAUCCCACCAGACUUCGCAUUUACUUUUGGCACUGAGGUGAAGGACACCAAGCUUUUUGCGACCCCUGAGUCUCCAGCAAAAAAUGUUGCUGCUGUGGAAGGAACCAAAGUUGAGGAAGUCACAGCUGAAGUCAAAGUAGAGGUGGCGUCAGCAAGGAUUGGGAAGAGUCAGAAGACUGGUCUUAAAAAGCCAGAGAUGGAGAAAGUGGAGGAGACCUCAGACCCAGACCAUCAGAAUGCUGUUGAAGACUUACAGCCAAAGGAUGUUAGAGGACUGGAGAGAGAAAAGAAAAAAGAACCCAUGACAUCAUCACCUGAAUCAUUAGUGGAGAUCAUCAAUGCGCAGGACAAGAAGCGUGAAAGUGAACCAGAGAUGUCAACAUUACCAGCGGAGGCUGUCGUUCCAAAAGAAGAGGCCAAGACCAAAGUUGAAGAAACAUCACCAACACCCUUUAACGUGAGCACUGCAGACGUGGAGGAAGCCACAGAGCAACUAGAAGAGAAAAGUCCAGAGAAAAGUGUUUCUGGAAGUUCUCCAGUUAUAGUCAUACCUCAGGCACAAGUUGAGGAAGAGGAGGAGGAAGACGAUAUAGAAGUAGCUGAGGAAGUCUUGGAGGAAGUUGAAGGCCCUCCUGUGCUCCUCAAGGAGAAAGAGCAAGAGAGUCACCCUAUGGAGAAGCAGGAGGAGGUGGCAGAAGAGGUGAGGGUGGUGGGUGGGGCGGAGGAGGUGAUGGUUGAAAAUCCUAAAGAUUUGGAGUCUGCUGUUGCUGGGGUUGACGAAUCAUGUGAUGCGACUGCCCCAACCAUUGAUGAAGGGGAUUAUGCCGAUCGCAUCUCUCAUCUAUCUGCCUGCUCUGGAAACGACCAGCCACAAACCCUCGAUGGAAAGGAGGCAGAGAAAGAGAAGAAUAAAGUGGAGGAUAAAGAAGGGGUGGUGCUGCAGGAAGAGGAGGAGUCCGCUGAAGUGGGGCAGGAAGUUGAGAUGAAGGCUUCCAGUCGCGAGGAGACAGAGACCCCAGACGUACUGCGGAGCCAGACCAGCGAGACCACCGCUCUCGACGAGACCACCAUGGACGUCUCCAUGUUAGACAGCGAGAGUGGCUGGGUGGACUCACAAGAUGAUGACAGAAGCGUAAUGACAGAGCAGAUUGAAGCUCUGCCCAAAACACAGAGUCCUGUCAAGACUGCCCUGGUAGAGAGACCCUCUAAUAAACGCCCCCCCGGCAGAGGACAGGGGCGCGCCUCCACCCCCGAGCGCAAACUCAACCGCAGAGAGCCCGUCAGUCGUCGUCCAAAGGAGGAAGAGAAGAAGAAAAAAGCGGGGACGAAGAGAACUGAACAGUGUAAGGUAUCAGUCCUCCAGUGUCGCUCUCCCACUCGGAGGAUUGUAGUCAAAGCUGCUACGUUCAGACAAGCUAGACCUGCUUCGCACCACGGCUCUGCUAGACGCAAGCCACCAGCCGUGGAGGACCAGCAGCCUCUUAAUGUGACCCACCAAUCCCGGGAAAGGACCUCUGAGGGUACCUACCGGACUCCAGAAAAGAGGUCCUCUCUGCCCAGGCCUGCCUCCUCCCUGCCCCGCCGUGCCCCCCCAGCAGAGCACGACAACACCAGCCCUGCCCCCCGCAGGCCCACCUCAAUUCAAACUGAGCCCAGAGGGGAGCACAGGUCUGGGAGGUCCCCUAGUAUCGCAGUCGGCACCAAUUCGUCGGCCCGUUCCCGUUCGGCCCGGAGCGGAGCCUCCACGCCCCACACCCCCGGCUCCACAGCGGUCACCCCAGGAACACCACCCAGCUACUCCUGCCGCACCCCUGGGAGUCACCCCGGCAGCCACACACCCAAGUCUCUCAGCCUCCUCACUCAGGAGAAGAAGUUUGCUGUGAUCCGCACACCGCCCAAGUCGCCCUCUACCACACCCAAGCAGCUGCGCGUCCUCAACCAGCCCCUGCCUGACCUGAAGAACAUCAAGUCCAAGAUCGGCUCCACAGACAACAUGAAGUACCAGCCCAAAGGUGGACAGGUCUUCAUUCCAAGUGUUAAACUGGACUUUAGCCAUGUCCAAUCUAAGUGUGGCUCCCUGGACAAAAUCCAGUACGCACCCACCGGGGGAAACGUCCACAUUACCACCAAGAAGAUAGACCUGAGCCACAUCACCUCCAAAUGUGGAUCAAUGUCCAACAUCCGUCACCGACCAGGGGGUGGUAACGUGCGUAUUGAGAGUGUGAAACUGGACUUCAAGGACAAGGCCGAGGCCAAAGUGGGCUCACUGGCCAACGCCAGUCACACCCCCGGGGGAGGACAAAUCAUGAUCGAGAGCCACAAGCUGACGUUCCGUGACACGGCCAAGGCUCGCGUGGACCACGGGGCAGACGUUAUCACCCUGUCCCCAGGUGGCACCGAAGGUACAUCCCCCCACCGUCUCAGCAACGUGUCAUCCACGGGCAGCCUCAACCUCCUGGACUGCCCCCAGCUGUCCACACUGGCCCAGGACGUCACCAUGGCCCUGGCCAAGCAAGGCUUAUGAGCCUCCUGCCUCCUCCAUCGCCCCUGGUUCCUGAUUCUCCAUCGCCCCUGGUUCCUGAUUCUCCAUCGCCCCCUGGUUCCUGAUUCUUCAUCGCCCCCUGGUUCCUGAUCCUCCAUCGCCCCCUGGUUCCUGGUCCUCCAUCGCCCCCUGGUUCCUGGUCCUCCAUCUCCCCCUGGUUCCUGGUCCUCCAUCUCCCCCUGGUUCCUGGUCCUCCAUCUCCCCCUGGUUCCUGGUCCUCCAUCUCCCCCUGGUUCCUGGUCCUCCACAUCCCCCUGUUUCCUGGUCCUCCAUCUCCCCCUGGUUCCUGGUCCUCCAUCUCCCCCUGGUUCCUGGUCCUCCAUCUCCCCCUGGUUCCUGGUCCUCCAUCUCCCCCUGGUUCCUGGUCCUCCAUCUACCCCUGGUUCCUGGUCCUCCAUCUCCCCCUGGUUCCUGGUCCUCCAUCUCCCCCUGGUUCCUGGUCCUCCAUCUCCCCCUGGUUCCUGGUCCUCCAUCGCCCCUCGGACCUCCUGGAUCCCUUGGACCUCUUCGUCUUAACAUCCCCCUUCAACAUUUCUCCGUCGGCCCUCCACUGCAACAACCCUUCGCCGUUGUCCCCCAAGAUAAGAAACCAGAUGACUGUGAUCAGAGUACCACUCCCCCUCGCGCUCCUCCAUAGGAAAACAUGCUAUUUAAACUACCACCACCAGGGGGAUUUUAAUGACUGACUCUAGGAUGUUUGUUCUUCUUCUUUCUGUUCUAAGGGAUGUGCUCGACUCUGCUAGGGUGUGUUGUGUUGUUAUUUUGGCUUCUUUUCAUUACAUGUUGAACUUUCUUUGGGACAUUACUGUAGAUGGCCAGUGUGCUAGCUAGCUAAGGCAUUGAAACAGGUACAGGGAUAGUGUUGAUAGGGUAUUAUCGGUUAUCUAAGACUUUACAGUGAUUCUUAUUGUGUGGCAAUGAUCUCAAAGACAUUCCAUUUGGCCUAGGAUAUUAAGCAGUCCAGCCUGGUUUCAUUCCCAACAUACACUAUAUAUACAAAAGUAUGUGGACACCCCUUCAAGUUGGUGGAUUCGGCUAUUUCAGCCACACCCGUUGCUGACAGGUGUAUAAAAUUGAGCACACAGCCAUGCAAUCUCCAUAGACAAACAUUGGCAGUAGAAUGGCCUUACUGAAGAGCUUAGUGGCUUAUAACAUGGCACCGUCAUAGGAUGACACCUUUCCAACAAGUCAGUUUGUCAAAUUUCUGCCCUGCCAGAGCUGCCCCGGGCAAUUGUAAGAGCUGUUAUUGUAAAGUGGAAACGUCUAGAAGCAACAACGUCUCAGCCGCGAAGUGGUAGACCACACAAGCGCACAGAACAGGACCACCAAGUGCUGAAGAGCGUAGUGUGUAAAAAUCGUCUGUCCUCAAAUGCAACACUCACUACUGAGUUCCAAACUUUCUCUAGGAGCAACUUCAGCACAAGAACUGUUCGUCGGGGGCUUAAUGAAAUGGGUUUCCAUGGCCGAGCAACCGCACACAAGCCUACGAUCACCAUGUACAAUGCCAAAAGUCUGCUGGAGUGGUGUAAAGCUCGCUGCCAUUGGACUCUAGAGCAGUGGAAAUACGUUCUCUGGAGUGAUGAAUCAUGCUUCACCAUCUGGCAGUCCAACGGGAGUAUCUGGGUUUGGCAGAUGCCAGGAGAACGCUACCUUCCUCAAUGCAUAGUGCCAGCUGUAAAGUUUGGUGGAGGAGGAAUAAUGGUCUGGGGCUGUUUUUCAUGGUUCGGUCUAGGCCCCUUAGUUUCAGUGAAGGGAAAUCAUAACACUACAGCAUACAGUGACAUUCUUGACGAUUCUGUGUCCAACUUUGUGGCAACAGUUUGGGGAAGACCCUUUCCUGUUUCACCAUGACAAUGCCCCUGUGCACAAAGCCAGGUCCAUACAGAAAUAGUUUGUUGAGAUCGGUGUGGAAGAACUUGACUGGUCUGCACAGAGCCCUGACUUCAACCCCAUCGAACACCUUUGGGAUGAAUUGGAACGCCAACUGCGAGCCAGGCCUAAUCACCCAAAAUCAGUGCCUGGCCUCACUAAUGCUCGUGGCUGAAUGGAAGAAAGUCCCUGCAGCAAUGUACCAACAUCUAGUAGAAAGCCUUCACAGAAGAGUGGCUGACUGUUAUAGUGGCAAAGGGGGGACCAGAUCUAGAUUUGGGUAUGUCAUUUUAGGUGAACAUUUAAAAAAAGAGGUUAAUGCCCAUGAUUUUGGAAUGAGAUGUUCGAUGAGCAGCUGUCCACAUACUUUUGACCAUGCAGUGUAUCUGAUCCAGUAUCCCAGGUCCUGUAUGUGUCUCGUAGACAGGAGACUGUUACGUUUGUGAACAACAAUUCAUCUACAACACAACACAAUUCAAUACAAAACGUUACAACUGUAACGGUAAGAAAUGGCUGUUCAGACAAGCUUGUUUCAAUUCAUUGGCAGAAAAUGUGAUGUUUUCUUUUAGAAUUGAUUUUGUUUUAGUCAUGUGACUGUAUGACUUCAUGAUGUCAUUUUCUGAAUUAUUGGACAAAAUGUGGUUUUGUUGAGUUUGUUUUAUCUGAUUAAUAAUGCAAAUGGUAGUGUUGAUGUCACGGUGGCUGAACUAGCUUGGCACAUGCUGUGGCUACACAUUGCAGUCAUGUCAAGUUACAAUGCUAUAAAACCCUCGCUUUCCAAUAGACCUCUUCCACAAGCCAUCAGGCUGCUUUUCUGCUUCAGUGAUGUGAGCAUUCAUUUUACAUACAGUAGCUCUGUGAUUUUCACCAAACAGUCGCUAUUAUGCUGACGUGACAAAAGCCAGUGAGUGACCUAAUAGCACCGAGUUAUAGACAUAAAAGAUCUAGAGAGUGAACACUGUAGCUAGGGACUAUACUGUGUCUAGUCAGUGAACACAGUCUAUAACUGCUUUGUACCAGCCUUAGACUAAUACGUUUGCUUCCAAUAAGCCUUUCUCCUACGUUUAGAGUAGCAAGAACAUGGACCUUGAAUGAGCUAAGGGCCUGCAGUCGCUUGUGUAACUACGCAGAAAGUGUCUGAAGCUUUAUAUUUAAAUAAACAUUCCAUGAAAAAUAGCAGCUAUGGUGUACACUGUGAAAAUGUCCCAGUCGGAUCGUACGGACGGGACUUUCUGAGGAAAGAAGGUUGAAGUAAUGAAGGGACGUAGUGGAAGGAAAAGGAAGUCAUUCUCAACUUGUACGUGUUUGAUAAAAAUGUUCUAGCUUACUUUUAUCUGUCACCAUUUGUGAUUCCCUCCCUCCUACCCCCAAUUUCCAGAUGUUGGUUACCCUUCAGUGUUUUUCUCAAACCCCUUCUUCCCUCUUCCUCCCCCUCCCACAACACUUUGCCUGUUUUAAGUGUAUUUAAAGAGACCAUGUAGAUGUGCACACUUUACAAUGUUUGAAACAAUGCUGUUGACAAAACACUCCUACAUAAUAAUCACAGGAAUAAAAUAAUAAAAUGAACUAAAUACAUUCGUUUGAAACAUUUUCUGGGUCUUCCCAAAUAUAAUGAGCUGUUUUUAAAAUG